AUGGCUAAUGCAAAGACGAUUAUACAUAAAGGUUUAAAUAAUAAAAAGGAUUACUUAUUGCACACAUUACAAAAUGGUAUGAAAUGUUUGUUGAUCAGCCAGCCAGAAAAUGAAUAUAAAAUAGAUACGCACGAGUACACGCAUAAUAAAUCAACUAAUUGUUCGAAUGAGUAUGAUGAUGAAGUGACUGAUGGUUUAUCCAAUAGUUGUUCAAACCAAGAAGAAGAACAAACUAGAAGUGAGACAUUUGCGAUGUCUUUAAGUGUUAGUGUAGGUAGUUUUAACGAUCCUAUAGAGGCUCAAGGGUUAGCACACUUAUUGGAACACAUGAUAUCAAUGGGUAUUGAUCACUCAGAAGAAAAUCACAAUGAUAAAUUUUUACGCAGAAAAAUUGGUAGUUAUAAUGCCGAAACCGGGUGCGAAUACACAAUUUUUUACUAUAACUUUAUAACAACAAAAAAAUAUUCUCGGGGAAAAGUUAAUGAUUUUGCUAGUAUGUUUCAAGCGCCUACAUUAUCCAAAAAAUCAAUUGAUAAGGAAAAACAACUAGUGGAUUCCGAAUUUCAGCUGGUGAAUACAGAAGACGGUGUUCGUAUGCAAAGGUUUGUACAAUUCAUUAUAAUGCUUAUACAAAUUAAAUACAAUUAUUAACUUUUUAUUUUUAAAUUAGAUUAUUGUCAUUAUGCGCCUCCAAAGAUUGUCCUGCAAUAAACUUUAUCUGUGGUAAUUUAAAAAGUUUGAACCAUAAAAAAUUGGAUAAAAUUAUCUUGGAUUUUUGGAAAAACCACUAUUCAGCUAGCCGUAUGUAUUUAGCUGUGCAAAGUCAACAAACAACACAAGAAAUGAUAGAAUUGAUUGAUGAUUUUUUUAGUAAAAUACCUACUGACAAUCUUCCGAAACCAGAAAUGACGUUUUGUAAGGUACCAUUCAACUUAAAUACUUUUCAUAAAAUCUACAAAAUAUUAUCCGUAGGUUCUGUUAAAAAAAUAACAUUUUUUUGGUAUUUACCACCAACUAUUAAUCUGUACAAGUACAAACCUUUGGAAUACAUUUCUUGGGUAGUACAACAUGAAGGUAAAGGGAGUUUGAUUAAUUAUUUGAGAAAAUUAAACUAUGCAAUGGAAUUAGUAGCCGGAGUAGAUGAUAAUUUUUUUAAUAAUAAUAUUUAUAGUUUAUUUCCUAUAACUAUUGAACUAACUGAUUUAGGUUUAGAAAAUGUGGAUAUGGUUAUUGAACUGACUUUUAGUUAUUUAGCUUUAAUCAGACAACAAGGAAUAUCUGAAAAUAUUUUUAAACAAAUUCAAACUUUAGCUGAAAAUGAAUUUAAUUUGUCUGAAAAUGAAAGUGCUCCUAACCAUGUAAUAGAACUUUCCUUAAAUAUGAUGAAUUAUGACGAAGAAGACUAUUUAAGUGGUCCAGUAUUAUUCUUUGAAUAUUCAUCAGAAUUAAUUGAAACAUAUUUAAAAUUGAUGUCAGUUAAUCGUGUAGCUUUAUUCGUAUUUUCAAAAAAUUAUGAUCAAUCUGAUUUUCUUUUAACAGAAGACAUUUUUGGGACAAAGUAUUCAUGUGACAAUUUUAAAGAAGAAUUAGAAAAUAAAUGGUCAAAUGUAAAACCACAUCCCUUUUUUAAAAUUCCAAGUGAUAAUCCAUAUAUAACAACAGAUUUUUCUAUUUUACCCCAAAGUACAUAUAUAAAAUAUCCACAAAAAAUAUUGGAAAACGAACAUAUUGAACUAUGGCACAAACAAGAUAAUUGUUUUAAUCUUCCCAAAGGCUAUAUCAUGUUAAAUUUUAUUAAUCAAGUAUCUUCAAAAUCACUGGAAAAUAAUGUACAUUUAAGUGUGUUUUUACUUUCUGUCUCUUUUUUAUUAAAUGAAGAUAUAUACCCAACAAUCAUGGCCAAACUUUAUUAUAAUGUUCAAGUACAUAUACACGGAUUUGAAUUGACAUUUGAGGGUUAUAAUGAAAAAUUACCUCUACUCAUAGACAUUGUAUUAAAUUGUGUAAAGAACUAUAAGAAUCUGAUAACUGAGGAAAUAUUUAAUAUGGUAAAGUCUCAAGCCAUCAAUAAACUAAAAAAUAAACAAUAUGAUUUAAAUUAUAUUAUAUAUAGUUUAACAAAUAGUUUAAUUCUAGAACCCGAGUGGUACUUAGACAACAAAUUAUGUUAUUUAGAAAAAUUAGAAUAUUCACAACUUCUUACAUUUUAUGAACAAUUAUUAAGCAAUUUAUAUUGUCAAGCAUUGAUACAAGGAAAUAUAAAUCAAAACCAAGCUAUAGAAAUUUCCAAAAAAGUUGUAAAUACUUUAAAAUAUCAGCCUUUGGACAAGAAAUGUUUUCCUGUUGUUUUGGUAAAACGUCUCAACCAAGGAGAUUGUCGAGUAAAACUAACAAACUACAAUAGAAUCGAUAAUAAUUCUAUGGCUUAUACAUAUUAUCAAUUCGAAAAUUGUGAGAUUACUGAAUCCAUGAAAUACUACGUUUUACAGUUAAUAAUGAGAGAAUCUGCAUUUGAUGAACUUCGUACAAAACAAUGUCUUGGUUAUGAUAUUCAAUUAAAUUUAAAAAUAAUUAACCAACAUUACGGUUUCUACUUUCAAGUGACACACCAAAGAAAUAAAUUUGAUACACAGUAUGUUUUUAGUAGAAUGAAUGAAUUUUUAAAACAAUUCUGGGAAAAAUUUAAUGAUCCAGAAGAAGUUUAUGAAGUUAGAAAUUCACUAAUUGCAUCUUAUUCAUCUGAUGAAUGUUUGGAAGUAGAAUUUAACAGAAAUAAAAAUGAAAUUCUGGAAAAUCAGUUUAAAUUCAAUAGAUUAGAACUAGAAAUAGAAUCACUGAAAAACUUAACGUUUGAAGAUGUUGCAAAUUUAAAACACGGUUUUCUUUCUGGCAAUACAUUUAGUGUUGAAAUUAUUGGUAAUAGUACAAAAGAGAAUCACAAACCCAUCAAGAAAUUAUGUGUUAAGGGUAACAAAAAUUAUAUUUGUAUUAAAGACUUAGAGGAAUAUAAAAAUAGUUUAAAUUCCUAUUAA